GUUUUUGCUUGUGACUGAGGUCAUCUGCGCCUCGUCAUCGCCGUCACAGCGAGCUCCUAUCCUGGAAGGUGAGCAGCACACAGAUCUGUGAGCAGCAUGCUUGAUGGACACAAUCCUCUGUCUGUCGGCUCUGUCGCUCUGUGCAGCCUCUCUCUCGUCGACCACCGCCUCACUCAUCUGA